AUGUCAUUCUCCAAUAUCUACACUCACCGCAAGGUCGCGGAAACGGCGGCCAAGGGCUGCGAUGUCUGCUACCGUGCCACAAGUAGCGUCCUGGUCGCUCCCGAAAAUAAGGACUUUUUCUACGUUUGCCCCAGUCAUCUGAAAGACAAGAACUUCUGCUCACCUAUCAUCGACAAAGAGGCCGUUGAAGCGAAGAAGAAGAAGGCUCUCGAGGACGAGGUUGCGCGUGUGAAGAAGGAGUACGAAGACAAACAAAAGAAGAAGAAGGAAAAAGAAGAGAAGGACAAGGAGAAAGAGAAAGACAAAGACAAGGAGAAAGAGAAAGACAAGGACGACAAAAAGACAGAGGACGAGAAGAAGGAAGACAGCGACGGCACCGAAACGCCAUCUCCGGCCGCGGAAGAGGAGCCACGCGUAUUCGCACUUCAAAAGUAUGAGCUCUUUUGGCGUGCUAUAUGA